AUGUGGGCCUUGUCCUGCGCUUCCUUUAGAGCUUCUACACCCAUGGCCACUACUCUUUUCGCUUCUCCAGUCUCCGUGUCUGUUCCGACCAAACUCCAUUAUUCCCAGAGAGACAGUCCUUUUGUUACGGAGGUUGCGGAAGCAGUGGAUUCCUUGCAUUCAGAGUUCAGAGCUGUGGAUAAUUUGGUAGCACGCAAUACCAGCCGGGUUCUUAAAGCUUUCCAGAAUGCCCGAAUUGGAUCUCAUCACUUCGCUGGAAGUACUGGCUAUGGUCACGAUGAAGCUGGAGGACGUGAAGCUCUUGACCAAGCUUUUGCAGAAAUUGUAGGUGCUGAAUCCGCAAUAGUUCGCUCACAGUUUUUCUCAGGAACUCAUGCUAUAACUUGUGCUCUAUUUGCAUUUCUAAGGCCAGGAGAUGAGCUUUUGGCAGUUGCUGGUCCUCCCUAUGACACCUUGGAGGAGGUUAUUGGAAAGAGAGACUCUCAUGGCAUGGGAUCCUUGAUAGACUUUGGAGUGAAAUAUCGUGAAGUUCCACUUGCUGAAGAUGGUGGCCUUGACUGGGAUGCGCUUAUGCAUGCUUUGAAACCUGAAACAAAAUGCGCACUCAUACAGCGAUCAUGUGGUUAUUCAUGGCGUCAGAGUUUAAGUGUGAAUGACAUAAGGCGUGCAAUUGAGAUGAUAAAGGUGCAGAAUCCCAAGUGCCUGGUCAUGGUGGAUAAUUGUUAUGGAGAAUUUGUGGAAAGUAUUGAACCUCCAAUGGUGGGCGCAGAUUUAAUUGCAGGCAGUUUGAUAAAAAAUCCUGGUGGAACUAUAGCCCCAUGUGGUGGAUACGUCGCAGGAAGGGAAAGAUGGGUAAAAGCAGCAGCAGCUCGUCUGUCUGCACCUGGCCUUGGAGUUGAUUCUGGCUCAACUCCUGGUCAUGUUAUGAGAGCGUUUUUUCAAGGUUUGUUCCUUUCACCUCAAAUGGUCGGCGAGGCUAUCAAGGGAACAUUCCUAGCUGCUGAAGUUAUGGCUUCCAAAGGGUAUAAGGUGCAGCCACUUUCUCGUAUUCCUCGCCAUGACACAGUGCAGGCCGUACAGCUUGGCAGUCGUGAGCGCCUUUUUGCUUUCUGCGAGGCUGUGCAGAGGAGCUCCCCAGUCGGUUCAUUUACCAAACCUAUUGCGGGUACAACUCCAGGAUAUGCAUCAGAGGUCAUCUUUGCUGACGGAACCUUUGUUGAUGGGAGUACAAGUGAGCUCUCAUGCGAUGGACCAUUAAGAGAGCCAUUUGCUGUAUUUUGCCAGGGUGGCUCCCAUUGGACUCAGUGGGGACUAGUUCUUGGAGAGGUUUUAAAAGCCAUGUAAUGUAGAACAAAGAUUUGUAGAUGAGUAUAGCUGACAAGCAUGAGUAUGAAAUGGAAUGUCUACAUGGAAGUUGAGGAAAUGCAAUAAUUCAAUGCAAGAAGUAUGGUAUGUCAGUCUCAGGCCCUUGCUGCAAUUCCUCAAGAUACAGCAGCAGUGGCAUUCAUCUCUUUUUUUUUUCUUUUUUUUCGAAAGAAGGUAUAACGGAUUUUAAGCUAUUAUUAGAAGCAGCAGAACUCCUAUCCUUUGUUUCUGCGUGCGUUCAUCGGACAAUUUCAAAUUUCAAAUUACUAAAUGAUUUCAUAAGGGUCACCGACUAAAUUUUUUGUAAUGAUGUAUUGCUGUUA